AUGGGUGCUCAACUGACGAAAGAACAAGCACAACUUCCGUUCGGUUAUGUCACAACGAAGUCGGGGCGAAAAAGUCGUAUUGGAGCACUAAAAGCUUCGUCAACGAUACGACCCAAUGCUCAUCUAUCACCCGACUCCUCUGUAACAUCACAUAACGUGAUAACGCCCGAAAUUGUAGUUGUAGAUAAAUCUUCAGAAGAUCAACAACCAAAUCAGUAUCAUCAUCAUCAUCCACAAGAUGAAUUUGAAAUGUCAAGUGAAAUAAGUCUUCGACGCUCAUAUCGUCAUCGUCAUCACGAGAAUAUAAGUAAAAUAUAUUUUAGCGAAUUACCAAGUUUGACUAAAAUAGGAUUGUGUCAACUUGGAUUGGUGAAAUUAAGUCCACACAUUUGCCAUUUAUAUGCUACUGUCUCACUGCAAAUAUGUUGUAAUGAAUUGACUUCGAUACCAGCGGAAAUAGGAUACAUGAAGAAUCUUGAGCAACUUGAUGUGUGCAAAAAUCGAUUAACUAGUAUCCCAGAUACAAUUGGAUUCUUGCACAAGUUACAGGAACUGAAAUUAUCCGAGAAUCAAUUGACCUCCAUACCAUCCUCAAUCGGAUCACUCAAGAAACUCGGUACUCUAUAUCUCGACUCGAACAGAAUCACCGAAUUGCCACCUGAGAUUGGACAAAUAAAAACACUUGUUAAUCUUGAUGUCAGCGAAAAUCCAAUCAGUGUUUUACCCGCGGAGAUCGGUCGCCUUCAGUAUCUCCGUAAAUUAAGAAUUGAUCGUUGUCCCUUGCUUGCGGAAUUUGUACACGAACUCGUUCAUUCACCACCCUCAUUAAUGGAACUUGCCGCACGUACUAUAGUGCGUAAACAGAUCCCUAUACUACAGGAUACCACUCAGGAUAUUAAAGAUUAUCUCGCUAACGCGAAAAAAUGUAGUUUCUGUGGUGGUCCUUACUUUGAAAGUUAUGUCAAAAGAGGGAAAAUAAUCGAAAAGAAUGACCAUCAGAUUCCAUUGGAAUAUCGAUUAUGUUGUCCACAUUGGAACACUGAACAGGAACGAGUUAGUCUAUUGUUUUGUCCUUUGCCUGACACCGCACCCGAUGCAGAACCAUACAAGCAUCCACUUCAUCCUGGAAUCAAUGAUGACCCAUCAUUAUCCUCAAGCAGUGACGUAGGUGAUAGCAAUGAUUCACAAAUUAGGAUUCAACGACGCUCUUCAUCUCGAUCGCUUACUAUCCCACUAAGCUCAAUAACUAAAUCACCAUCACUUCCAAGUCUGCCAAAAUCAUCAACAACAUCCUCCAAAUCUUCCUCUUUGGGAAAACCACACCCACACGAAAUAAUUCAACUAAUUCCAGAGUUAGCUCUCGAUUUCGUCUAUGAAAAUGAUCAAUAUAAUCGUAGUGGAGAAAACGAAAAAAAAUCAUGA